UGGCUCGAAGGCUGGGCCUUGUUUGGCUCUAUCCAGCAAUGAAGGGAGUUGCGGCGCUCCUGGCCCUUGGCCUGGCGGGCCUGGCGCCGGCCAUCACAGUGCUGCGUCAGGAGGAGGCUGUGGCAGAAACCGCCGCAUCGAGCCCCUGCGACGGGCAAUGCCGCUUCGACAUCAUGAUGUGCAAGUCCUUCAUGUGCACCGAGUGCACCUAUGAGUGGUGCACUGAGGCCUGCCAAAAGGUGCAGAAAGACUUCCCCGGGCUCCGCUGCGCGGAUUGGCCGGAGGCGCGGACCUCCUUCAGCAACGGAGACUUCAAGAACAAGGGCAAGCUUGGAGAUGGAGGGGACUUUGCCGAGAAGAAGUGAGAUGGCAAACCCAGCCACCAGCAGCAGAAAAGUGCGCGAAGCUUGCGAA